UGGAGACGUGACGAUCCGCAACCGCUCUGAAAGUCCACCCAUAUUGUGAACAUCAUAUUAUUUUUCUUGGAGCAACAAGUAAUACAACAAGACUCCAUCUUUUCUAGUAUCUCUCAUGAGAAUGAACGGCCGGAGACUAGAGUUCUGGACCCUUGUGUCACGACUGCCUCGUUUGCGUUUACCCUCGACACAUAUUUUUACAUUGUCCGGAUAACACUCCAGGCAUCAAAGCCAAAAGUGCUCUGCGUAUGAACCAAUCUGCCAUUUUCUCAGAACCAAUCAUGUUGAUGUCGGUCAGCCAUGUCAUUGCAGAGUUUAUCCCGCCGGGAAAAAGGCGUCCUAUAUCCCAUCUGAAUCAGCUCGCCAUUACCAAUUUCUGUAAGCCCUUUAUAAAUCUACCUUUAUCCUUUGAUUGCGAGAGUAUAAGAAUCGUGUUUUUUUUAACGGAUGGGAUUCAGGAAAUCAACCGUGUACUUUCGGAAACCUACACCCAUGCACAUGCACAAAGCACACCCAAUUUCGUCAUUAUAGAUUCUCUAGAAACGAUUUAUGCAAAAGCCACUGCCACUUAUCCUGGAACCGCGGGAUUGAACACUCCGUUCCUCGACACCAGCCCAGAAGAACUUGUAAAGAUUCUGCGCACCCUCUGUGCUCAAGGCUCUGAUGUCAAUUUUACGCAAUUCAUCCUUUUGAAUCACGAGACAGAGGGUAAAGAUUGGGUAUACUUAUAUCACAGUGGAGAUGCAGAGAUUGAGGAAGAGAAUGUUACGGCGAGGGGGACUAAAGUUGGUUUGGAGGUUGUUGAGGAAACUAUGAUGUUGGUGGAUUCGGCGCAUCCUGGGUUUGAGGCUAUUGAGAAGGAUACGCAGGAUUGUGAGGGGGGCGUUUAUGAUAGAUGGAAGGAGGGGGUGAAUGAUGGUGGAACCAGGAUACAAGAAGCUUUUUUGUAG